GACUCGACAGGGGAGCUGGGGCUUACGCUGGGAGGCUGCGGGCGCUUGGUGGCGUCCCUGGCGGGUGCUCCAAUUUUAAUAGUGUUAGCUUUCAGUUUUCCCGCUCGUUUAGGGAAAGCGACAGGCAGCUUCCAGGAAAGUAGACGACAUUCCGGCUCCGGAAGCACGGGUUUGGAGACAGCCCUUCGGCCUGCGGAAUCUGCAGUCUCAAAUCGCGGAGCUGCCCUAGCCGCGGACUAGCCUCCUCCGACGGAUAGUGAGGGCACCCUUCCGGAGGUGGGAAACAAGGGCCCGGCCUCCGCGAGCACCUCUGAAGAUAAGAGAGCGCCUUGCGCCAGGACUACCUGUCGGAAGGGAUGGACAGCCCUCCACGAGGGGACCCUGGCUUAACUGGACCUUACUUGCACACGAGAAUCACUCUUGGGCCGGGUACUUCCCCCGCCGACUGGAGGCCCUGAUGCGGGUUUGUUUUUCUCUUUUCUUUCUGUUUCGGUCCUUGGCAGAAGAUGACUCAAGUCCAACCUUUGCUUGCGGUGCAGGAGGCCCUGAAGCAGUGCUUCCCGGUGGUUGAGGAGCAGCAGGGCCUGUGGCAGAGCGCGCUCGGGGACUGCCAGCCCCUCCUGCUGUCCCUCAGCAACCUGGCAGAGCAGCUGCAGGCGGCCGAGAACCUGCGGUUUGAGGACGUGCCACCACUUCGGGCCUUCCCAGACCUAAAGGAGCGGCUGAGGCGCAAGCAGCUGUUGGCUGGCGACGUUGUCUUGGACAAGCUACAGGAGAGGCUAACCGCCCUCCUCAAGGUGCGGGACACCGUCAGCAGCCAUGUGGAGCGAGUGCUUCAGGUCUAUGAGCGGCAUGCAGACACGGUUGGCAUUGAUGGUGUCCUCCAGGCUUCCGUCGUGAGCCCUUCUGUGGCUGACAUGUUGGAAUGGUUGCAGGAUAUCGAGAGACAUUAUCGAAAUUCGAAGUUACCUGAAGAGAAAGUACCUCCUGUCCUCCAUCCAGUGGGGGGACCCGGCAAGCAUCCAAGCUCUGCCCAAGGCCUGGGACCGGAUUUCAGAAGACGAACACCAAGACUUUGUACGAGAUACCCUUCUGAAUGUUUCCUUCUUCCUGGCAGAGUAAGGAAGCGGUGUGUUUAUCAGCAAACUGGUGGGACACGGUUGAAGAGCGACACUGGUGCAUUGUGGUGUUUCUGAAGAAAUGUAACCGGACACUUGAAAGAUGAGGGCCUAGGGCCGGGGACUGGUCCUCGGGAGGACUGUGUUAGAUGUUCCUGAUGUCGUGGCCUGCCCCGCAGCUACAUCAUAGCCGAGGGUACGUGGGCCACGCCUUGCCCUUUCUUCGGCUCAGGAGUGGACGGAGGCAGAGAGAAUGCAGGAAAGGUGGUGUAGGAGAACACUAGGGGCAGGAGCCACAACCACAGACUUGGGAGGGAAGGAAAGGACGAGAGAGAGCGUGGCAUCGGCCUCGGCAUCGUCCACAGCUCUGAGCGCGGUUGACACCCGGCCGUUAUGUGUAUUUGUAUCAGUGCCCGAUUCCCUGAUGGAAGACGAUGAUUCAGUGAUUUAAAGAGAGAAGGGUGAUGUUGGAAGACAGUACGGAUCUUCCUCGACUUGUAACGGGACUGCAUCCCGUGAACGUCAUCAUGUAAGUUGAAAAUAUCGUAAGUCAAAAAUACAGUUAAUAAUACACCUAACCUCCCAAAUGUCCCAGCUCAGCCUAGCCAGCCUUAAAUGUGCCCCCGGACACUGACAUUAGCCUGCAGUUGGGAAAGUCAUCUAGCGCCAAGCCCACGUUACCAUAAAGUGUUGAAUAUCUCGUGUAACUGAUUGCAAAACAGAAAGGUCUCGUGUGGGCACAGAGCCGCUGUUAUCAGUUGUUUACCCUUGUGGUCUUGGGGUUGACUGCCAGCCGGGGCUCUCGCUGCUGCUGCCCGGCGUCACCACAUAUUGGCAGCCCGGGAAAAGAUCCAAGUUCAAAAUCUGAAGGAUGAUUUCCAGCGGACACGUAUUGCUUUUGCACCACCCUCGUUUGAGAAAUCCUGAGUCAGCGGUCUGCCAUGUUUCCCAGCUGCUGCAGCUCCUCGUCGUCAUUCAGUUCCCAGCGUCCGCCGCCAGGGGGCGCCGGCGCAGCGUGGCUUCCUCUCCGUGCUUCGCUGAGGCUCCUCUGUUGCCUGACGGCGCGUUCCGUAACCCUCAUAGUCAGACUGCUAAAAUGACGGGGUUUUGUCGGGUUUUUUGACCGAAGCUGACACCUGCUUUGCCACAUCCCUCUGAUCUUGGGGCCGCUGCAUGGUGGGAGAAGAGGGUCCAGAAUCAGGCCGUCAGUGUUCUGUUUCUGAAGCCCAGUGCCUUCCUCUGUCACAUGGUUGGGUGCUUCCAGACCUGUCGGCUUCCUAGGCUGUGGGAAGAUCUGGGUCACUGGAUGUAAAGAAGCUUAAUAAAGAGUGUAGAUAUUUUUAAAAUGAA